AUGAAGCAGGUCGUGAAACCACUUCCAGAAAGGAAUCAGGCCAUGGAGCCGCUUCCAAAAAAGAAGCAGGCUAUGGAGCUGCUUCAAAAAAGAAAGCAGGCUGCAAAGCUGCUAAGGAAGCAGACCAUGGAGCCACCAAGGAAGCAGGCUGUACAGCCGCGUUCAGAGAGAAAACAGGUUGUGGAGCUGCUUAAAGAAAGGAAGCAAGUUGUGGAUCCGCUUUCAGAAAGAAAGCAGGCCGUAGAGCCGCCAAGGAAGAAAGUUAUGGAGCCUCUUUCAAAGAGAAAACAAGUUGUAGAGCCGCCUUCAGAAAGGAAACAAACUGCGGAGCCGCUUUCAGAAAGAAAGUAG